GUCGUUUCAUUUCCCAAAUUAUCCAAAAAUCAAAAUAAAAUAAAACUGAGUAGAAAAGAAACCCAAAGAAAACUCUCACCGGCCGUCGCCUUUAAUCGCCGACGACCUCUCGUGUCUGAUUCCGGUGCCGUCUAGGAUUAGGGUUAGGAAUUUCAAAUGGGGAAGAACGAUUUUCUAACUCCCAAGGCAAUCGCAAAUAGAAUUAAAGCAAAAGGUUUGCAGAAGCUUCGAUGGUACUGUCAAAUGUGCCAGAAACAAUGCCGCGACGAGAACGGUUUCAAGUGUCAUUGUAUGAGCGAGAGUCACCAGCGACAGAUGCAAAUAUUCGGCGAAAACUCGCAUCGAAUAGUCGAAGGUUACUCCGAAGAGUUUGAGUCCGGGUUUCUUGAUUUAAUGCGGAUGAGCCAUCGGUUCUCGCGGGUGGCGGCUACUGUUGUUUAUAAUGAGUAUAUUAAUGAUAGGCAUCAUGUGCAUAUGAAUUCGACGCAAUGGGCGACUUUGACGGAGUUUAUAAAGUAUUUGGGGCAAACGGGCAAGUGUAAGGUGGAGGAGACGCCGAAAGGGUGGUUUAUUACGUAUAGUGAUCGGGAUUCUGAGACGAUGUUUAAGGAGAAGAUGAAGCAUAAGAGGGUCAAAGCGGAUUUAGCGGAUGAGGAGAAGCAAGAGCGGGAAAUUCAAAAGCAAAUUGAGAAGGCGGAGCAGUUGCUUACUAAUAUUGUUCAGAAUGGAGGAGAAAGUAAUGAAGUUGUAGAGCCGUCAGCUAAGGUAUUGAAGUUGGAGGAUGGGGUUAAGGUCGGGUUUAGUCUUGGUACGAAAAGUAGUAACCUUGGGAAGGAAAAGGGAGACGGUUCAAAGAGUAGUAGGCUGGUUUUUGACGAAACUGAGGAGAAAGAGAAACGGAAUGGGAAAAAAGUUAAUGAAAAUGGUAGUGGGAGAACUGGGAAGUCAGCGUUGGAGGAGUUGAUGAAGGAGGAAGAGAAAGCGAAAGAGAGGAGUAAUCGGAAGGAUUAUUGGUUGUGCGAAGGGAUUAUCGUUAAGGUUAUGAGUAAGGCAUUGGCCGAGAAAGGUUAUUAUAAGCAGAAAGGGGUUGUGGGAAAAGUGAUUGAUAAGUAUGUUGGAGAAAUCGAGAUGCUUGAAACUAAGCAUGUUUUGAGAGUUGAUCAGGAAGAGCUUGAGACUGUGAUUCCACAAAUUGGUGGUCUAUUGCGGAUAGUGAAUGGAGCUUAUAGAGGGUCUAAUGCGAGGCUGUUGAAAGUUGAUACAGAGAAGUUUUGUGCUACAGUGCAAAUAGAGAAGGGGCUUUAUGAUGGGAGAGUGCUCAAGGCUGUGGAGUAUGAGGACAUAUGCAAACUUGCCAGUUAACAUUUUCUUAUUAGUUUCUCUUCAUAUUUUUGCUGAUGCUCUCAUAAUUUUCAAUGGUUUCUUCAAUCCUGUUAGUGCUUCUCUUUUAUCUUACUACCAUAAGUGGGUCUUUUAAUUUCAAUAUAUGGGAGAUCCCGAUGACAUUUCAAUUAAUCUGCAAUUCAAUGGGGUGUUGUGUUGGUUGGA